UGUCCUCCCCGAGUCUCAGUGCGGCUUUCGCCACAGACGCUCGACUGUGGACAUGAUCUUCGUCAUGCGCCAAAUACAGGAAAAUGCCGGGAGUAGCACCACGAAUUGUACGCCGCCUUCAUAUCAUCGAUCACAGGCAUUCGACAUUGUUAACCUUGAAUUACUGCGGGGCAUCAUGAACAAGGUUUGCUGUCCUCCGAGGUUCACUGCCGUGCUGCGUGCUUUCCGUGACGAUGUGGUUGCUCCGGUGUAGUACUCUAGGGAGCUGUUGGCACCAUUUCAAGUCGCUGUUAGAGUGAAACAGGUCUGUGGACUCGCUCCAGUCCUAUUUAUCCUAUUCCUGGCAUCAGUGAUGCGUGUGAUAUAUACCCACCUAGAGCUAGAAGGCUAUGCGGACUGUGGCAUCAUCAAGUCAGAUAGAGACUGGACGGCAGCCUCUUUAGCCUAUGAUUGAAGAAGACUCGACAGGAGAGCCUACUAACGCUGACGCAGCACAGCAGAUAUUACAAUGGAUUUCCAUCUGGUGGUCAAGAUUGUCAGACAAUUCCGUUUCAAUGUAGACAAAGGUGUCGCUAUUUUUUUAGCUCCUGCUCCCGCACGGCGAAAGUGGAGCGGGCACGCCGGUUGCCAAGGAGCUGCUGCAGCACCCCAGUCUUGUCACAGUUAGCCAGGCCCGCACGCGAGUAUAGUAGCACGUCCAGUGACUACUGUAGGUUUUCAUGAGAGUGCCUGACGAGGACUGUGUCAUCAGCGCACUGUUAGUCGAAGACUCCAGACUGAUGUGCACAUAUUUGGGCUUGGAGUCGUCGAAAAUUAACCUUCGGAACAAAGACAGCGGUCUUCAAUGCAGUCUGCGUGUCCAUCCUCUGUACGGCUGUGAGGCCUGGACUCCGUACCGAUCACAGAUUCGCACCUUGGAGACGUACUACAAACAGAUGCUUGUCACGCAUCCUGGGAAUGCAGUUGUGGCAACGGGUCAGAAACACCAAAGUACGACUAGGUCUUGGAACCAAGACUGUCCAGCAAGGGUUUUAUACCCAUCCUUGGCCAUGUCAUUUGAAUUACCAUUGAUUCUUUGAACCUAAUGUGUAAAUCGCAUGCUUAACGCGUGGAAAUGUGGUGGAGGCAGUCACGGACACAGUGUCCAAUGGUAUGGGAUUAUAAACAACUGGCCUGUGACACUCUUGGGUUCGGCUUGACUGCUGAAUGAAAACUUAUAUUCGGACAUUAUAUAUGACAGAGGCGGUCUAUCAGCAUGGGAUACAGCACAUGAGAAAGAAAGGAAUAAGAAUAAAGGGAUCAUAAGUACAUAAUAAGGUGACCUAAUGCCAGCACUGGAAAACAGUACAUCUACUUAAAGGGAGCGAUGGACAGGCUAUGACAGACACCAAGCAAUAAAUUGAAUAGUUGGAGCUAAAAUAGAACAACUAUUUCUUCAAAGUCACCCAGGUCUGUCUCUAAGCAGGAAAUGCCGAGUGGUGUGGUGAAGUAUGAGGGCCACGCCCAUUACAUCGCUGACAGUACAGGUGUGGUGUCAGUACCCGACCAGAUUUCACUAGGAGGGACCUAUACAGGAGCCGAAACCAUGGGCCUGUUCUGGAGUAUGCGCCCCUCACCGGGCCAACGCUUCGGCGUCCGCUACAUUGUCAAAGAUGUCACAAAGCCUAUGAUUGUCCAUUUGUCAUUGCACCGGGGCCAUCUGAACACGGAGGCACUACAGACGGCUGAAGUGGAGGCCACUGCAACAGUCAAGAGGUGGUACAUGGGACAGGACGUAGAGAGGAUCACAGUUCGCUGCGGCCGUUUGAGGGGAUCUGUAUUUAAACCCAAGGGCCCUGGUCCAUUCCCCGGUGUGAUUGACAUGUUUGGAUCCGUGGGAGGGCUUACAGAGUUUCGGGCGGCCAUGUUGGCAUCUCAUGGCCUAGUCGGCUAUGCUCUGCCAUACUUCAGAUAUGAUGACCUGCCGCAGCACAUGUGGGACCUGGAACUGGAAUAUUUCAUGGAAGCUGUUGAUUGGUUGAGCAGCCAGCCUUUUGUAAAGCCGGGCGGUAUCGGAUUGGUUGGGGUAUCACUGGGCGCACAGAUGGUCUUGGCCACAGCUUCACAUUUUCCAGACAAGGUGAAAGCAGCUGUUACAAUCAAUGGCUGUCACGUCAAUACCAUGGUUGACCUAAAACUGAAUGGAGAGGCAUUGCCAUUUCUGCCGUUUGACUUAUACAACGUGAGACCUGCAGCCACAGAAGGUGCCCAAUGCUUAUUUCAUUCCUACAAAGCCAUCUAUGAUAUCAAUGAGGAUGACCCUCGUAUCUACAGGAUUGAAAAUAACCGAACUUGUCAGUACCUUUUCAUCGCCGGGGAGGCCGAGGCAGCGUGGAACAGCUGCCACUAUGCACAGGAGGCCAUGCGGAGACUAGCAAGACACGGCUGUCACAACUAUCAGCUGCUACGCUACCCAGACGCUGGCCAUCUGAUAGAGAUUCCUUACGCACCAGUGGGCAUCAUGAUUUACUCCCAUGUUGCCGGGAGCGUGGUGGACCAUGGAGGUACUGUGAGGGGAAUGGCAAAAGCGAGUGAGGACUCCUGGCCUAAAAUGGUUAUGUUCCUGCACACCCACUGCGGCCGUGACAAACCCAAGCUGUGAUACGAGCACCUAUGAUGAGUCAAGGAUGUGUACAUGUAGAGCAACUGUGCCCAGAUAUUGAUGUUAUCUAAUCAAAAUGUCUCUAUUUUUCUGGAAGACAAAUUUGUCUGCAAAUAUUAUAAUAUUCCAAAUUUCCUUCUAGCCAAACUUAGUGACAAACCUUGAUCAAAUAUAUUGAAAUCAGCUGAAUUACAGUGAUCUCUAUCAUGCAAAAUUCAUCUGAACCAUCCUCUGGUUCUUUUCAGAAUAAUAUCACUGCACAAACUGGGGUGUUAAAUUUAACAUCCGCGGUGUUAUCAGAA